CGGCUCGCUUUUCAAACAGAUCACAAACGGUUGCGAGUUCUGUGUUCGGUGGUCACGUGGGCCAAGGGUUAAAGGGCCGCAGGCGGCUCGCUUGUCUUAGUUGGUCCAGUUAUGGACAGUCGUAUCAUUACCCCGGGGCCGUACCGGGCUACUAAACUGUGGAAUGAAGUAACAAAACAUUUUCGGGCAGCGAUGCCUUUGAGGAAACACAGGCAACACUUCAAAGCCUAUGGAAAUUGCUUUACAGCUUCUGAAGCAAUAGAUUGGCUCCAUCAAUUGCUAAAAACCAAUAGCAAUUUUGGUUCUGAGGUGACCCGGCAGCAGACCAUCCAGCUAUUGAGAAAGUUCUUGAAAAACCAUGUCAUAGAAGAUCUAAAAGGCAGAUGGGGAACAGAGGAACUGGAGGACAACAACAGCCUUUACAGAUUCCCUUCCACAUCCCCAGUCAAGACCAUUCCAAGUCGUCCUCCAUUGUGGAAAAGAAGCAGCUUGGAAAAUGUAUUUAAAGAAAAAGAACACUUGUUCAAGAUGCCUCAAUUCUCUAAGAAAACGCCUAAAAGGCGUGCGUCCGUUGAUUCUAAGGAAGAGCAAGAAAAUGAGGACCUGAUGGAAGACCAAAGGAAUGAUGACUUUCCUAAGCAGCUGAGUAGCAAGGAUAUUGAGGACAUAUGGGGAAACAUAACCAUGAUACACCUUCAAAAAAUACUAGGUUUGCCAUCCUUGGAAGAAGUCUUAAAUCCUGCUCAGAUAAAGCCUAAUUAUAUAAGGUAUAAUAUGACAAAUACCAGUAAGCAUGGAGUUGUUGUCCUUCAAGAUAAAACAGGGCCUAAGAAUAAUGAUAUGAGUCAGGCAACCUAUAUUGGCUUUGAACGUGAUGUUUUUAGGACCGUUGCGGACUAUUUCUUAAAUCUUCCAGAGCCUCUGCUCACAUUUGAAUUUUAUGAGCUUUUUGUAAAUAUCUUGGUGGUCUGUGGCUACAUAACGGUUCCCAACAGUCAUAAUGGAAAGCAUAGAUUUCAUAAUAAAACCCGUGAUCCAGCACCAGCUAAAAAACAGCACUUAAAUGAUGAACAAUUUUUCAAGUCAACAGAAUGCCUUCUUUUAAGUUUGGUACGGAAGGUUCCUAAUGAAGAGGAAGAUGAUGUUGAACAUAGUUUUGGGGAGAUUGCCAGAGACCACAAAGACCAUAUCCCUCGAGAUGUAUUUGCUAAAAAGAAUCAUUUGUAUGGUUCCUUCAGUAGAAGAGCCAGUAGGGGAACUAUUGGGGGGAGUUGUCAAAAUCUUUCCACUUCCAGGAAGGAAACUGGUGUGACCCGCAAAGUAAGGGUACGUAGCUGCUCCCUGGAAGGAAUAGCUGAUAGUGUGUCCACAGACGUCAGAGACUGUCAGAGCAACAUUUUGCAACCUUCUUCGCAGAAGCCAGAAUUCAGUGUGGUGAAAGAAAGGCCAAUAACAUUUGGAAACCAAGCUGAAUCUGUGACUGGCCUUAAUGCUUCUGAACAUAAACUACACUAUAGGACUAGUGAUGGGGGCUACUCCCAGACCAGUGAAAAGCUUGCUAGAUCAGUGAGCGUGGGGGACUGUCUUGAGUCUCGUACAAGUAAAAAUGCACCAGUUGCUGAGAUCACUAUUAAACCUUUAAAAUCUAAACAAACGAGAAUGCAAAAGCGGUUUUCUCCUACGGACAACGAACCUACAGAUCUGGAUUUCACCAUAACAAAGAGAUUAUGUCAGAGUACCAUGGAACUCUCACAUUCUUCUUUUCCUUCAACUUCUUCUUUACUGCCACCUACUACUUCCCCCAACAGCACUGGCUCAGAAAGUUUGUUGCAGCCACACUUGGAGAGAGUUGCAAUUGAGGCGCUACAACUUUGCUGUCUGCUGCUUCCCCCUGCCAACAGACGAAAGCUCCAGCUGUUAAUGCGCAUGAUCUCUCGCAUGAGUCAGAAUGUGGAUAUGCCACGGCUUCAUGAUGCCAUGGGAACUAGAUCCUUGAUGAUUCAGACAUUUUCCCGAUGUGUUUUAUGCUGCGCUGAAGAAGUGGAUCUGGAUGAAUUGCUUGCUUCAAGACUAGUUUCCUUCCUCAUGGAUCAUCACCAAGAUAUCCUACAAGUGCCUUGUUAUUUGCAAACUGCUGUCCAGGAUCAUAUACAGUACCUUCAAAGACCCCGUGUGAAGCAAGGAACUGUGCCAGAAUACUAUUUUUGUAAGCAGAUAAGUGCACAAGAGUUUGAAGAGCAGAGAUUGGCCACCUCUCAGGCAGCUAUAAUGGAACUUUUAGAAAACAUUGUAAGAGACAAAGCUUUAGCAGUUAAAGACAAGAAGAAGAAGCUAAAGCAGUUUCAGAAACAAUACCCGGAUAUCUACCAAAGCCGAUUUCCAACUACAGAAAGUGAAGCCAAAUUGUUUGGCGAUAAACCUACAAUCAAACAACCAAUGUUGAUGCUGAAGAAGCCAAAAUUCAAAAGCUUACGCUAUUGAUUAGAAAAUACACACAUUUAAAGAAUAACUGCCUAUGCAAAUCCAGUACCUCCCUUUUCUGUACUAUGAACUGUAUAUCUGUCCCACUGUAAUCUUCCUCUAUUGUAAAUCAUGGGUACAUAUGAGUUGCUGCUUGUAAAUACCUGCCUAUAGUAGUUAUAUGCCACUGCCUAGUGCCUUUGAACAGGUGAUAUCUUGCUGGACAAUCAUGGCCAUGUGCUUAUGUCAAUUCAAACUAAGGCAUUCGACUUACAUCCAGCACUUAUGCAUAAAAUAUCUAAAAGGGAUUCUGUCAUGGUAGACUUUUUUUUUUUUUUUUUUUUUACACAAAUUGCAUCAUUUAAUAGCACUCCUCCUGCAGAGCUCUGAAAUUCAUUUUUCAACAUGAGCAAAUAGACUUUAAUUUUAAAAUUUGUGGCGGUAGAUAUGUUGUUAGGUUCCUGGGUACCCUCAGGUAUGUGAAUUGGGCACUGAGAAAAACUUCAGUCAUUCUUUACUGCAAGCUGGAGUGUUCUAACUUCCCCCGACAGCCUUAUCAGCAGAACAAUGGAAAGGAACAAGAUAACAGCUCACUGACCCAUGCACUGAUAAAAAUGCUCCUAGUCUCCCCCCCACCUAAUGUUAAAUGAAAAUAGAACAACACCCAAGCCUGACCAUGAUUCCUCCUGUAAGAGUAAAGCCCGGAUUUGUGGUGAGACCACAAAGGCCCUGCGGAGGAGCACUGGGCACUCUCAGCUCCCCAGUGCUCUGGCUUGUGGGUAGGGUUGCCACCUUUUUCUGGAAAAAAAUAAGUAAAUACCAGCCUUCCUAAAUCUUUUUUCCCUAUUAAUAACAUUGAGAUCAACCAUCAUUUUUACUGGGCACACUGGUAAAUACUGGCCAGGUGGCAACCCUACGCGCAGGGGUGUGGGCGCUAGGAUUGUGCAGCCUAGGGGCAGCUGCGAUCCAAAUCAAAUCCAGCCCUGAAGAGAAAUCAUAAUUUGAGUUUAGAGCUUACUAAAUAUAAACUCACCCACAUUCUAUCCAUUUCCAUGAGAUUUUUAGAACCGUGUUUAUUAUAUGGUGAGUUCUAACUUUGACCCACUGAUAAAUACAAUUCUAAAAAUCCCAGAGGAAUGAAUAGAACAUGGGUGAGUAUUUAUUUAUUAAGCUUUGAAAUCACAUUUUGAUAAAUCUGCCCCCAAUCUUAAAGCAAUUCCAUUGUUAAAGGAGCAAUAACACCAAAAACUGAAAGUGUUGUAAAGGAAUGAAAAUAUAAUACUGUUGCCCUGCACUGGUAAAACUGGUGUGUUUUUUUCAGAAAUGCUACUAUAGUUUAUAUAAAAAAAGCUGCUGUGUGGCCAUGGGGUGAGCCAUUCAAACACAGGAUACUCUGUAGAUAACUGAUAAGUUAUGAAAAAUCCCAAUAAUACAGAGUUUAGCGAUUAUCCUUUGUGUAUCCUGUGCCCCCCCUUUUUUUUUUUUUUCUCUCUCUCCAUCUUUCAGCUUUGAAGGGCUGCCCCCAUGGCUAUGCAGGGCUUGUUUAUAUAACCUAUAGUAGGAGUUUCCUCAAUAAAACGCACACAACAUUUACAAAUGCUGCAAAACAGUACAUUAUAUUUUCAUUACUUUAAUACACUUUAAUUUUUUGGUGUUACUGUUCCUUUUAGUGCUGGCUGUUUCUGAAAGCAUAGGAUCGAGUGUAAUAAGCCUGAGAUGACUAGCUACACAUCAACACCAGCAUUAUGUGCAGGAUGAUGGAGCAAAUAUGGUGCUCAACCAAAAAGUAUGGUGUUUUGAGCAAGAGCCAAAAUCUGAUAGGGGCUAGGGUGGGCUGCUGUUUAUCAGAGACUGAAGUUUUGGGUCUUUCCUUGUGCUUAAAUGUAAACAAAAAAACAACUGCAAUCCCACAUGUUUUAUUGUGCUAGCUUUCAAUCCUUUAAUAGAAGAAUGUCCUAUCCCUUUUGAAUGUGCUUGUGCAUUUAGGGCAGAGACGCACAUGGGGAGAUUUAGUCGCCUGCAGACAGAUCGCCUCUCCUUCUGACGACUAAUCUCCCCAAAAAGCCUUCCCGCCGGCUAGAAUCUAAAUCGGCGGUGGGAUGGCACUCGAAGCGAAUUUUCCGAAGUUUCCUCGUGAGGCAGUAUCCAGUUUUGUGUAAAAGUGCACCAAAGAAUGUCUCUGAAGGCCAGAAAGUAGAUGGUGAAGCCUUUAGUUUAUUAGAGCAAAUGCCUGCAAGACAUCUACGUUGCUAUUCACUUGUAUUGGACCUGAAACAGUGUGAAAGUUGCAAGGAUACACUUGUCUGACUAUUUCCAUAGAGCAGACCCUCUAUUUGCCAUACCACAGCUGAAAUCUGGGUUCUACAAUUACCCCUGUAGUUUCUUUUUUUUCUUUCAGAUUUGUGGAAUGUGUUUAACAAUUUUCUUAGAAUCACAUUCUAAUAUUUGGUAGAUUAUAGCUCCUAUUUGUUACUUUAAAAAAAAAAAAUCCAGUUUAUGUAAUGCCUUGUGGCUUGUGCUAAUUCCUUCUUAAAUAA